AUGGUGGGGUCCAAUGCGGUCAUAGGGCAAGUAUCAGCUAACGGUCUGGUACAGGAGUAUGCGCUAACAAGUAAAAGCAACAGCGGCAUACUACCGACGGAUACCAAUAGUGUCACCGAUGGUGUCUUCGCACCGGGCGAUGACUCAUCGGCCCUGACAUUUACCAUACCUGUGACGUUCGGGGAGGUGGGUAUAAAGGCCGGAGUUGAAAACAACAUUAUAUGGGCAUACGGUGGAGCCGAGAGUAUCUCGUACCACGAUGCACGAGACGAGAACACGGUCGUGCUAACUUUGAGCACGGCAACGGAUGAUACCGCAGUUUCAAACACGGCUUCAAGCACGGCCGAAUCGAGUCUAUCUGACACCUUGACGUCCACAGCCGUCCCGGCCCAAACAGAUAGUCCCGCAGGCACCAACAGAAUUGUACUGGACAACGGGGGCCCUUUGUUCGACUACACAAUCAACGACACGCACCUUACGGGUACGGCCACUCUGCCACAGGUAGUCGGCUGGCUGGCCAUAGGCUUUGGGCCGGGGGGUAUGGUGGGAUCCACUGCCGUGGUGGGACAAGCAGGGCCGGCCGAGAGUGGCUCGGUUUCGAGACGCAGGCAAGGCCAGACGGGCGUGGAAGGUACCAGUACCGUAUCACAGUACAAUUUGACGACCAAGCGAGAGGCGGGUGUUGUACAGUCGGAUGUGAAUGGUGUCUCGGACGGAAAUUUUGCCACAGAUGCGGAUGCGGCCUCCACUGUGCUGUCGUUCACCAUACCGUUGCAGUUCGGUACAACCAACCUCGUCGCCGACACGGCCAGCGCCAACAACCUAAUAUGGGCAUACGGCGAAGGUGACACCAUUGCGUACCACGAUGGGAGAGGCGAACAGGCCGUGACACUGAGUAGCGCAGGCACGGAAGCGCCCUCCACGGUAAAUAUACCUACCACAGAGGAGCCAAUAGCAGACCCAAGUGCGGGCAGCGCUAUAAAUAGCUCAGAUUGUACCGCACCUAGUGGUAGUGUGUACGACAGUCAGAUCACCAUGGCGUCCGCUGGGAAUGGCCUGUCAGUCACAUUCGCGUGGACACUGGACUCGAAUGCUGGGACGCUCAAUGUACAGGCAGUAUCGGAGAGUUCUGUUGGGUGGCUGGGUAUAGGCUUUGGCGAGACUGUCGGCGAGAUGGUACCCGCUAAUGCGGUAGUCGGUCAAAUGUCAGACCAGAGUGUAGUGUCGUAUGCACUCUUGGCACAAUCGCAGAAUGGUGUACAGCCCACGACCAGUAACGAGGUGGUGGCUGAUGGCUCGGCUUCUAUUGCGAGUGCGGAUAGUUCGAACGCGGGGGCUACGGGCACUAUCAUAACAUUCAGUGUGCCUGUGAGCUUCGUACCGGGCUUGGAAGACGGUGGGGAGACGUACAUCAUAUGGGCUCGAGGUUCCGGCGAUAUCGCACAGCACAGUCCGAAAGACCAGGGAUCGUACACCAUCAAUCUCAGUACAUGUGUUGGGCAGGUGACCUCCGGCGGGUUUGAUACGGCUCUGCUGCACUCGCACGGCAUCAUGAUGGCCCUGGCGUGGAUGCUCUUUGUGCCGCUGGCGAUCAGUGCGUCUGCCUUGAGGCCCGCAUACACCCAAGUGCUGGGCCCAAACAAGAGUAUGUGGUGGUUUCAUUCCCACCGUUUGUUCAAUACACUAGCUAUUCUGUUGGCCACGGCGGCGUUUGUUGUUGCGUUCUGGCUCUCCACGGAGGACUUUGUCAAUACGCAUCAGAAGCUGGGGCUGGCUGUGAUGAUUAUCAUGUGGCUGCAGCCUUUGAACGCAUUCAUCCGGCCCCAUAUCAGAGCGAAUGGCGAGAAGCGGUCCACCCUGCGUAUAUUAUGGGAGGUUCUGCACAGAGCACUAGGCUACGGUGCCGUUUCGAUGGCUAUAGUAAACGUUUAUCUUGGCCUAGACGAGGCCUUCGCUGAUGAUUGGCUCUACAUUGCGUUUGGGGUGUAUGUAGGCGUGUUUGUAGCUACCUUCCUGGCCAUGUAUGCAUAUUAUCUAUUUUUCUACAAAGGGGAUUCCAAAUUGAUGAAUAGUAGUAUUCCCCAGGAUCGAAAUACUCUAGAGCACAAUUCUGUUGAACAGUCAAUUGUAGAGGGCGUGUCAGGCCCAAAGGUGGAGUCAAUGUAUGCGGAUAUGUAG